ACCCUAAAAACAGGGACCAAGCCCUUAGGGUGAAGAGAAGAGAGGGAAAGGAAGGAUGCGGCGAUGGGCGCGAUUGGCCUCCGAUUCCACCAAAAGGCACUUCUCCACCAGCGCCACGCGCGGAUCCUCCUUCAACUACAGCACUAGGUCUGGCAGCGGUGGAUCGAUCACAGCGACUUUGUUUCCCGGCGAUGGAAUUGGCCCCGAGAUCGCCGCCUCGGUCAAGCAGAUUUUCAAGGCUGCGGGCGUUCCCAUAGAAUGGGAAGAACACUACGUUGGGACAACACUGGAUCCCAAGACGGGGAGCUUUGUCACGUACGACAGCAUGGAGUCUGUACGAAAGUAUGGAAUUGGUCUCAAGGGCCCGAUGGCCACUCCCAUUGGGAAAGGCCACAAGUCUCUCAACUUGACGCUGCGCAAAGAGCUCGGCCUCUACGCCAACGUGAGACCGUGUCUCAGCAUCCCCGGCUACAAGACGCGAUAUGACAACGUCGAUCUCGUUACCAUCCGGGAGAACACCGAGGGCGAGUACAGUGGAUUGGAACAUCAAGUGGUGAAAGGUGUUGUGGAGAGCCUUAAGAUUAUCACUCGCCAAGCUAGUAUGCGUGUCGCGGAGUAUGCGUUCCACUACGCCAAAACCAACGGUAGAAAGCGUGUGUCCGCGAUACACAAAGCCAACAUCAUGAAGAAAACGGAUGGAUUGUUUCUACAGUGCUGUCGAGAGGUUGCGGAGCAGAAUCCCGAAAUCGUUUACGAGGAAGUGAUUAUCGACAAUUGCUGCAUGAUGCUCGUAAAAAAUCCUGCCUUGUUUGACGUGUUGGUGAUGCCAAACUUGUAUGGAGAUAUCAUCAGUGAUCUCUGCGCUGGUCUCAUAGGCGGCCUUGGAUUGACACCGAGUGGCAACAUUGGAGACAACGGGCUUGCUCUGAUGGAAGCUGUCCAUGGAACGGCACCCGACAUCGCUGGAAAGAACAAGGCAAACCCAACGGCGUUGCUCUUGAGCGCAGUUAUGAUGCUCAGGCACCUCAACAUGAAUGAGCAAGCAGAGAAGAUCCAAAGCGCUGUGCUAAAGACAAUAGAGGAAGGGAAGUACCUGACGGGCGAUCUGGGAGGCAACGCUGGCACCACCGAGUACACGAAUGCUGUUUGCGAGAAGCUAUAGGAAGAGUAACGACGAAAGGGAAAACAAAUCAAGGAAGCGAACGAACGAACGAGCCUGUGCGCGUUGCUCAUUACGACGUUAGGCUCUCCGGUGGCUUCCUCUCGCCCAAGACAAGUUUUACAGUAAGAUCGAUUUCCAGGCUCGCGAUGUCUCUAUUGACAGAAGACCGUUUCUCUCUUGUUUUUUUCUUCUUCUUCUGAUGACUCGAAUGAAUAAAGUUUGCAGACAAAUAAAUCUUUACGAAA